UCCCACGACGUGUUCUCCUUCUCAUCACAAUCACAAUCACAAUCACAAUCACGAUGCACUUCCAUGCUCCUCAUGCAAGGAUCGCGCUCAUGAGACAGACAUCAAAGUACCCGGUCGGGAUUCUUCCCCGUGGGUCUCCUUCGUCUCUGAUAUGUACCAUGUAUGUACUCCGUAAGGUAUAAGGUGACUUGUUGUGUCCUUGAAAUGAGCCAGGUACCUUUGAGUCUACCAUCAGCAGGUAUUGUAGAUACCCACUAACUACUACAGUAAGUAUGGAGUACACACGGAUCACAGUGACUAUCUACUAGUAGAUAUAGGGACAUGCGCCGUUCUUCCUUCCGGGUUUCGGCGUGGUCGAUCAGUUCUGUCGGGAGUCCAGAUCCUCUCCGUGCGUCGUCGGUAUACUGUAACCCCGGCUGCCGGUCUUUGUUUGAUGGACCCCCCGAAGGGAGCAAGAUCAAAGGCCGGUCGGUCUGUUUCAUACUCAGAUGGAUGAAAGAAAAGAAAGAAUUGAUGAGUUCCAACGGCUUUACCGUCCACUUAGUGGUCGUUGCCACACAAGACGGUGUCUCUCAAUGGAUGGAUGGCUCGUUCGUCUACAUACAGUAGAAGAAUGAUUUGCUUACUACACACCAUUCUCCUUUAUAACCAUGACCAGGACAAACAAAGAGGUAUCAUAUCAUAUCACAAGCCAAGC